AGAGUUCAUUCAGAGAAAAAAAAAACAUUUCGAAGGAACGAGCGAUCACCGGGUACGAGGCAGAUCUGGUGCUGAUCGGCCAAUCUAACUGCGUUGCCGGAGAGUCGCUGUGAAGUGGUAAUGGCGACGAUUCCGCCGGAGAACGGCGUCGAAGGAGACGACGAGAGGGAAGAGGAGGAAGAAGAAGAAGAGACGGAGGGUGAAGACGAGGAGGAAGAGGAGGAGGAGGAGCCGAGGCUAAAGUAUCAGCGGAUGGGCGGGAACGUGCCGGCGUUGCUGUCGAACGACGCCGCCUCGUGCAUCGCCGUGGCGGAGCGGAUGAUCGCGCUUGGUACGCACGCCGGGCCGGUUUAUAUCCUCGAUUUUUUGGGGAAUCAGGUUAAAGAAUUCCGUGCUCACACUUCCCCGGUUAAUGACCUUAGCUUUGACAUAGAAGGAGAGUAUAUUGGAAGCUGUUCAGAUGAUGGGUCUGUUGUUAUAAAUAGCCUUUUCACUGAUGAGAAGCUGAGGUUUGAUUAUCAUCGCCCGAUGAAGGCCAUUUCCUUGGACCCAGAGUAUACAAAGAAGCAAUCAAGGAGAUUUGUAGCUGGUGGCUUGGCUGGUCAUUUGUAUCUCAAUAGCAAGAAAUGGUUAGGUUACAAAGACCAGGUGCUGCAUUCUGGGGAGGGCCCAAUUCAUGCUGUGAAAUGGAGAGGAAGUCUCAUUGCUUGGGCUAAUGAUUCCGGUGUUAAAGUUUAUGAUGCUGCCAAAGAUCAGCGUGUUACAUUUAUUGAGAGACCACGGGGAAGCCCUCGUCCUGAGGUUUUGCUCCCUCACUUGGUUUGGCAGGAUGACACUCUUCUGGUGAUUGGUUGGGGAACAUCUGUUAAAAUUGCAUCAAUAAAAUCAGAUCAACAAAAGGCUGCAAACGGAACAUAUCGGCAUAUACAGAUGUCUAGCCUAAACCAGGUGGAUAUAGUGGCAUCUUUUCAGACCAGCUAUUAUAUUUCAGGGAUUGCUCCCUUUGGCGAUUCUCUAGUUAUUCUUGCUUACAUACCCGUUGAAGAAGAUGGAGAGAAGGAACGUGCUAGCAGCAUGUUACCACGUCAGGGAAAUGCCCAGCGGCCUGAAGUGCGCAUAGUAUCAUGGAAUAAUGAUGAACUUACCACAGAUGCUCUUCCUGUACAUGGCUUUGAACAUUACAAGGCAAAAGACUAUACCCUUGCGCAUGCUCCUUUCUCAGGUAGCAGCUAUGCUGGGGGACAGUGGGCAGCUGGUGAUGAACCACUAUAUUACAUUGUUUCUCCCAAGGAUGUUGUAAUUGCAAAACCUAGGGAUGCUGAAGAUCACAUUAACUGGCUUUUGCAACAUGGGUUCCAUGAGAAAGCAUUAGCAGCUGCUGAAGCUGGUCAAGGACAUAGCGAACUACUUGAUGAGGUGGGUUCUCGGUAUCUUGAUCAUUUGAUUGUGGAGAGAAAAUAUGCUGAAGCGGCUUCUUUAUGUCCCAAAGUGUUGCGAGGAUCUGCCUCGGCCUGGGAGAGAUGGGUUUUCCAUUUUGCGCAACUGCGUCAACUGCCUGUCCUUGUUCCAUACAUGCCUACGGAUAACCCGAAGCUGCGUGACACUGCAUAUGAGGUUGCUCUAGUAGCAAUGGCAACCAACAGUUCAUAUCACAAGGAGCUUUUGUCCACUGUUAAAUCUUGGCCACGUGCAAUAUAUUCUGCUUUGCCUGUUAUCUCUGCAAUAGAGCCUCAGCUGAACACAUCUUCUAUGACUGAUGCCCUGAAAGAGGCACUGGCGGAGUUGUAUGUGAUUGAUGGACAAUAUGAGAAGGCCUUUUCGCUCUAUGCUGAUCUUCUCAAACCAGAAGUGUUUGAUUUCAUUGAGAAGUAUAGCUUGCAUGAGGCAAUUCGUGGGAAGGUUGUCCAGUUGAUGAUGCUCGAUUGCAAGCGUGCUGUUGCGUUAUUUAUCCAAAAUAAGGAUUUGAUUUCUCCAUCUGAAGUUGUUUCUCAGAUUCUGAAAGCUGGCAAAAAGUGUGAUUCACGAUAUUACUUGUAUUUAUAUCUGCACGCAUUAUUUGAAGUCAGUCCAGAUGCUGGGAAGGAGUUUCAUGACAUGCAGGUUGAACUUUAUGCGGAUUAUGAUACUAAGAUGCUGCUUCUGUUCCUCCGUAGCAGUCAACAUUACACAUUGGAAAAGGCAUAUGAAAUUUGCGUCAGGGAAGAUCUUUUGAAGGAGCAAGUGUUUGUGUUGGGGAGAAUGGGAAAAGCGAAACAAGCUCUUGCUGUCAUCAUUAAUAAACUGGGGGACAUAGAAGAGGCCGUGGAAUUUGUGUCCAUGCAGCAUGAUGAUGAUCUCUGGGAAGAGCUGAUCAAACAAUGUCUGAACAAACCCGAGAUGGUGGGCUUGCUAUUGGAACACACAGUUGGGAACCUUGAUCCUCUCUACAUUGUAAAUAUGGUCCCAAAUGGCUUGGAGAUACCUCGACUGAGGGAUCGUUUGGUAAAAAUCAUAACAGAUUACAGAACAGAGACGUCGCUUAGACACGGCUGCAACGACAUUCUCAAGACCGACAUUGUGAAUCUUCUCGUCAAGUGUUUCAACGAGGCGAGACGAGGGGUGUGUCUAAGCAACGAAGAAGAUGAUUCCCGUGCGAAGAGAGAAAGCAGCAGAAACAGUUCGUUUUCCCAGAGAAGAACGGAUAAAUCUCCGAGCCUAAGAAUGACGGAAAUCAAGUCCAAGACCCGAGGAGACACCCGUUGUUGCAUUUGCUUUGACCCCGUCUCCAUACGCGGCGCCUCGGUUGUCAUAUUCUUCUGCUGCCAUGCUUACCACAUGACUUGCCUCACCGACGCAGCGUUUAGCAACGGCAUCAAGAAUUCAUCCUCAGCUUCCAAGGGCUCGGGAUUCGAUUACGGGUACGAUCACGAGGACGAGGAUAAGGAUGACGAUGGGGACGAGGAAGAUACGGGUCGGCCACGGUUGCGGUGUAUUUUGUGUACUACGGCUGCUGCUGCGUCUGCGAGGUAGCCCGACCAUUCUCUUUGUGUAUUUGUGUGUGUAUUUUUUUUUUUUUUUUUUUUUUUUUUGAAGAAAGUUCUUGUAACCUCCUUAAGUCCAUAGCCAAAACGAGAGGAGACUGAGAGAAAAGUGAAGUGAGAUUUUGAUUGGACCUGUAAGCUAAGACUGGCGUUUUAAAUUAUCCAUGUGAUUUAAUUUUUUAUGGUUUGAACCACAGUGUGUGAAAUAUUUGUCUCUUUUUUGUGAAACAUUAAGGUAUUCUUUUUUCU